AUGUAUACACAAUCAGCAGUGACGACACAUUUGGAUAGUCAAUCUAUGGCAACAGAUGAUAGUGAUUGUUAUCCAACAACUUCAAAAUUUUUUAAAACUCAACCAAGUGAAUUUAAUUCUAAGCAAGGUGAAAGUGGAGAAGAAAUUUCAGCUAAUUAUAUCAACAUUUUGGCUUCACCUAAAUUAUUCGAAACCAAUGUAACUUUUUCCUAUGAAAAACUAAUCGUUGAAUGUCGGUUUUCGAUUAAAUUACGAAAAAGUCAUCGUGAAACAUUGGCUCAAACCAGUAUUGAAGAUGUAGCUUUUCAUGGAAUAAUUCUUUAUUCUUUCGAAGAUUUUGAAACGGGGAAAACCUGUUUUCAAGAUAUCCAUCGAAUCAUUUCAGUUCAUCCGAUUUCAUCAUCAAUGAUUCGAUUAGAUGAUGCUGCUAUUGAAGCAUUUUAUGAAAAUUAUGUAGAGUAUCUCCUUGAAAAUCCACCUAAUGCUCGAGAUGAUAUUAUUUUAUUUGCUCGUCGCGCUGAUAAACUUCUGCAUGAACGUUGA